AUCAAAUAGGAAGACAUCACCCCUGUGUCCCGUGAAGCCCCUAUCAUGGAGUUCGUUAACAACCAGUGGCUCCAGUCGCCUUCUGCCCCCGAGAUUAUGGUGACUGCAUCCGGGGCAGUGUCCACUCUUACCGUGGCAUGCUUUGGGUUGUCCCGAUUUACUACUUACGGGCUCAUUUUCAAGCCCUCAGCCGGGCCACCAACGCCCUUGGUUUGCCGUAUCUGGCCGUACCGCUUCAGAUCCCCUCUGAUCAUUUCGCAGCUCUCGCUCCAUCGGGAGUAUAUUCUGUGAAGGCUGCGUUCCCGGCGGAACACUCUUCCUAUGUCAUUUACGAUGAUACGUUCACCUUUGUUCACACACAUAAUGCCAUCUUUAAUCAUGUAUUACACAACAUGGUCUCACCACUCCAGGAAUACGGAUGACCCCUUGUUCCACCGUCUCGGAGUCGUUGCACUUCCUUUGUUCAUCCCGCUUAUACGCGGCGUUUUCUCAGUCCUUUGACGCUUCUUCUUUGGGCUCCUGUUUUUUGUCCUCCGCCAUACCCUCCGC